AUGACGCUGGCGCGCUUAGCGUUUCUGUGCAGCCCCUUUUUGGCGAAUAACGAAGAGCGCAAAGUAGAUUCUGCUGAACUUUGGACCUCGCGGGCACCGUUUUUCCUGGAAAGCAUUACCACAGGAAUGUGCAAAUACAACUCUCACUAUGCUCAGCAAGCCACAGAAACCGACGGCUCAGAACUAAAUGCUGGACAGACAGAGCCUGGAGCAGAGCGUACGGACACGUCCGCAUCACACGAUAAAGCACAGACAUCCUCGGGCCUUCCUACCCCAGGAGCUACAACUAUGAGAGACAAGGAACAGGAACACGGAUCGGAUGUCAUUACAACUGAGGUGUCUGCGGAUCAUGGAAUUAACCCGGAAAGCAGCGUUGAGGUCUCUUCAGGUCCCGGUGCUACAGCUGAUGCCAUCAACGAGCUGGUGACGCCAGAUGGACAGGAGCCACCUCUAAGUGCGAGUGACGCUCCGAGCAGCAGUGACGAGUCUCAUUCAGCUGGGGCUCAUGAAAUCGAAAGACAGUUGGCUGCUGGGGAAGAAGGGGAUGAGACCAGGAGACCCUCAUCUGUUCCUGAAACAGAAAGAGAUCAGACCAGGAGACCAUCAUCUGUUCUAGAAACAGAAAGAGAUCAGACCAGGAGACCAUCAUCUGUUCUAGAAACUGAAAGAGAUGAGACCAGGAGACCCUCAUCUGUUCUAGAAACUGAAAGCGAUGAGACCAAGAGACCUUCGUCUGUUCUAGAAACUGAAAGAGAUGAGACCAAGAGACCUUCAUCUGUUCCUGAAACAGAAAGAGAUGAGACCAGGAGACCCUCAUCUGUUCCUGAAACAGAAAGAGUUGAGACCAGGAGACCCUCAUCUGUUCUAGAAACAGAAAGAGAUGAGACCAGGAGACCUCCGUCUGUUCUAGAAACAGAAAGAGAUGAGACCAGGAGACCUCCGUCUGUUCUAGAAACAGAAAGAGAUGAGACCAGGAGACCUCCGUCUGUUCUAGAAACAGAAAGAGAUGAGACCAGGAGACCUCCGUCUGUUCCUGAAACAGAAAGAGAUGAGACCAAGAGACCUCCGUCUGUUCUAGAAACAGAAAGAGAUGAGACCAGGAGACCUUCGUCUGUUGUAGAAACUGAAAUAGUUGAGAGCCAGGGGCUUCCAUCUGUCCUGGGAACAGAAAGAGAUGAAAAUGGGGACAUAGAGAUGCACGAUGACCGUCAAACCUCUCUUCCAGAAGAACCUGGCGUCGGAGAACCCACAGACCCAUUAAAAGGGAACGCAGACGUCUCAAAUGUGAUUUCAUCGGUGGGGGGACCUGGCGAAGAACAUCAAACUCCCAGACCUGAAGACCAGGAAAAUUCAACAGGGCCACCAGGGGCCACGGGGGGUAUGUGGGACAAUAUGGAAGAAAAUCUGUUUGCAAAGCAUCUCCUUUCAUUAUUAUUGUUUAUUUGUAAAGUACCAACCUACCCAGGAUACACGUUGGAGGUAUUAUAG